UGACUACGUUCUUUGCAUAUAAUAAGUGACGGGCUCGAUGGGUUGGCCAGGAGUUCUCUAGGCCUAGCUGCGUUCCUGCGCGGUCCCUGUUCUUGCAUGUGCUCGCGCUGGACUCAGUCAUGGGCUUGCAUUCUACUCACUUUAACUGCCUUUUCGAGACCGCCUCAUUGUUUCAAUUUGUCAGCGCCAGAACAGAAAGGAACAAAAAGAAGAUCUUACGAAACACGCGCCGCCCCACCGAAACGACUUCUGCCUGCAUUUGCGUCCACUGAAUUGCAUUCCCUCUCGGCGGCGCGGGCGGGCGCAUUUGGGCACUGGAAACCGCACGCCACUAUCUUGCUCGGUACCUACGACACGACAUAUGCGCGUCUGGGAGAAAAAGGCAGAAAAAUAAACGAAAGGAAGAAUAACCUAAAAGACCUUCGUCACCAGUUCCAGACCGAUCCCACUGCCAUAUUGCCCAGAAUCGGCGGGCGUCGCAAACAUGUCGAAACUAAUCCUGUCGACUGGAAACAUCGUCUCCGGUGGACCGUCAAUAAUCCGCAAGCCGGGCGCGUACCGCUCCAACCUCGAGCUUACCAAUUCGCUACGGAGCAAUUUCCUGGCCGCCCAGGAGUACUACGGGUCCGCCGCAGCCGCUGAGGACGACCCGUCCGCCCGCAAUGGCAACGGUCACGGCAACGGCAACAGCAACGGCAGCAGCAAUGGCAAUGGUCACGGCAACGGCAACAGCAACGGCAACAGCAACGGCAACAGCAAUGGCAACGGCAGCAACGGCCACCUCAAUGGCAACGGAACUGGGGGCUCGUCGCUCGGCGCCCGGCUCGCGCAGUCGUACCCGUACAUCUGGACCGAGUGGCGCAAGAGGGACGGCGCCAAGGACGGCGAGCAGGGCGAGGAGGAGGUCCUGUACAUCCCGCGCGUGGAGUGGUCGACGUCGGGUCUGCAGGAGGAGGCGGCGCAGUACGACAUCACAGUGAAGCUCUUCUUCCUGCCGGCAGGGCCGACGGGCAGCUCCGGCUCCGGCUGCAACGACGACGACGACCCCCUCGCCAGGCGGCAGGCCCUGGCGGCCGCCAGGGCGGGCUACGCGCGCGAGGCGCUGGACCUGGUGCUGCGUGAGCUGGGCGGCGCGCCGUCGGUCGACCUGCUCAUCGUCUCGUUCCCGGGCAUGUCGUUCGACGGCGACUGCGAGUGGGAGGCCGACAAGACCAACGCGGCGCAGGGCGACGACGACGACGAGGCCGCCACCUGGCGCGCCGUCGCCGACGAGCUGCACACGCGCCGUGGGCUCGUGAGGCGCCUGGGGAUCGCCGAGUUUGGUAGCGAGAAGCUGGCCCGGUUCCUCAAGCGCGUCGGCGCCGACCCUGCCGCGCCGCGGCCCUCGGCCGACCAGAUCAACAUCAAAAACUGCUGCGACGUGCCGCCGCCGCUCCUCAAGCUGGCCAGGGCACAGGGCAUCGAGCUGCUCGUCCACAGCGACUGCACCGACGUCCUGCCCGCCGGCACUCUGCGCGAGCUCCUGGGGUCCGGCCCGCGCGGUGCUGGCAUACUCAUCAACGACGGCGACGAGGAGGAGGAGGUUGCGGGCGCGCCGGCGCGCGUCCGCGGCGACAUUGCGCCUCAGUGGGUGGUCAAGUACACCGCCGUUGUCCGGGACCGCGGCGUCAUCGAGAACAAGGGCUACUUUGCUGGCGCCCUGUUCACGGUGAAGGAGUGAUGUUCACGGGGGUGAGGAUAAGUGCUCAGGCCCGGGCAUGCUGUCGCGGGGCCUUUGUCCGAUUUUGGAUACUUUUGGGUUGGCAUCUCUUCCUUUUUUUGGGUACAUGAUCUAGCUUGACUUGCAGCGGGCGGCAGCAGCAUUUGAUAUUUGUUAGUGAUCACGGCAGGCACAAUUUCUUCAUUCAUCUUUUGAAUUUGUCUUUGGGUAUAUCGUCAAUAGAGAAAUCGUCAUUUUUCCUCUUUUCAGAAAAUGAGUGUAGUUUGACCCCUUUU